AUGAAGAGCGGUGAAGGAAGCAGUGAAGUACGAACAGAUUGGGGAAGAUCUACUCGAUAUGAAUUCCCUAGGUUCGAUGGUGAUGGAUUCGAAGGAUGGACGAUGAGAGCAGAGUACUUUUUUCAAGUAGCAAGAGUACCGGAAGAAGAGAGAGUGCGAGUAGCAGCCAUUCAUUUAGAAGGCAAGGCUCUCCAAUGGCACCGAGGAUUUUUGAGUUUACAUGGUGAAGAAGCAUACGUGGACUGGGGAUAUUACCUCUCAUGCUUGGCAGCUCGUUUUGGAGCUCAAGCUUAUGAUGGUCCGCUUGCAGAUCUCAGAAAUCUCAAACAAAAAGGUAAGCUCCAAUCUUAUAUGGACAUCUUUGAUGAAUUAUAUCCAAGAGCUGGCAUUAGAGAAGAUCAGGCGCUUAACUUCUUCCUAUCUGGACUUAUUGAUGAAUUACAAAUGUCGGUUAGGAUGUUUAGACCUAAAAGCCUAGCUGAAGCGUAUUCAUUAGCUAAACUACAAGAUCUAACGGUGAAAGCUUUAGGUAUUAAGCCAAAAGGAAUGUUGAAUAAUGUGUCUAAUAACAACAGCUAUUAUUCCAAUACUAGACCUAUGGCUGUAACAUCCACUAAUAAACCAGUGCCUAGUGGGAACAACUGGAAUGGGGGUAAUAAGGAACCUAAUCGUUUUGGAGGUGUUCGAGCUAGCACCAACCUAUCACCUAAAGAGUUAGAUGAAAAAAGAGCAAAGAAAGAGUGCUUUUGGUGUACUGAAAAAUUCACACCGAAUCAUCAAUGUUCUAAAAGGAAAUCUUAUGUCAUACACUUGAUUGAGUUGGGAGAAGUAACUGAGAAUGAAGAUCAGAUUAUUAGUGAGGAAGAGACAGAGGAAGAAGGAAAAUCAGAUCUUCAACUAUCCUUACAUGCUGUGUGGGGAAAGGACGGACCUCAAGUGAUGAGGAUUAAGGGACUCUGUCAGAAAAGAGCCUUAAAAAUUUUGAUUGAUACUGGUAGUACUCAUAAUUUUUUGAGUUCCAAGAUAGCUAAAAAAAUAAAAUGCCAACACACUGCAGUAAACUCUAAGGUUGUGGAAGUUGCUAAUGGUCAGCUAUUACAGUAUACUCAGAAAUGUAGUAACUUGGAAUGGAAAAUGCAAGGAACCAAAUUCCAAACUGAGGUCUAUCUCAUCAAUCUGGAAACAUAUGAUCUGAUAUUAGGGGGAGCAUGGUUGUCUACCUUGGGCGAAAUUACAUGGAAUUUUAACAAAUUGAACAUGCAAUUCAAGUUGUCAGGUGUGGAUGUUAAAUUACAAGGUGAGCUGUGGUCACCAAAGACUGAGCAACUCCAUUGUUUGCAUAUCUGUAAUCAACAUGAGGAAGAUGAAAAUGAAAGAAAAUUCAUGCAAUUAAUGCCUUCAGUGGAAGGAGAAAUUUUGUGCUGUUAUGAGAUUAGUAAGGAAGAAGUUUGGCCAGCACUUAGUCUGAUAUUAACAGAGAAUGAAUCAGUGUUUGCAGAGCCAAAUUCCUUGCCUCCACAGAGAGAGCAGGACCACAAAAUCAUCUUGAAAGAAGGAGCUGAUGCUAUAAAUAUUAGGCCCUACAAAUAUGUUGCAAAACAGAAGGAUGUCAUUGAAAAAAUGAUUGAUGAGAUGCUCACAUCUGGAGUCAUAAGGCAUAGUGAGAGUCCUUUUGCUAGUCCUAUUGUUUGGUUAAGAAAAAGGAUUCUUCUUGGCGCAUGUGUGUGGAUUAUAGAGCUCUAA